CCCCAGCAUGUAAGACUGGGCCUGUAUUGCUUGGGCAAGCGACCAUGGAUUCCUGGGUAUUGUGGUUGUUGUUCUUGCUAAGUGUAGUCCAGUACCCGCAGCCCAUGGAUGAUGUUUUGGAUGAGGUGAUGCGUCUGCAAAUGGAGCUGCGUGCGAAGUUCCAGGAACAGGAGAGGAUUUGGCUGGAGCAGGAGGUGGAGCAGUUUGUGCUGAUGCAGAGUGGUGCAUCCUGGAGGGACCUGCCCUGGUCUGCCUUGCAGCCCUGGCGGGUCUGGCCAUUUGCUGGGCUGUUGGUUCUUCUCUUGGCUGUAUGGUUUAUGUGGAGGAAAAGAAGUUGUGAGGCAGAGAUCAGUGGCGAGGAGGAGAAAGAAAACGAGGAAGAGGAAGAGGACGAGACAUGGUCAUAUGAUCUGAGAUGGCUUCUAGAGGAGCGCAUACAGUGGCCUGUACAGGACCUGCAGACAGGCUGCAACAGGACAAUGGCCCUGAUAAACAAUUUCACAACGGUCCUCAAGCGUAGCUUGAGUGGAACUUUCUACCCGGUGCUGCAACAAGCCAUUGGUUUUGGCAGUGCCUUUGAAGGCUGGACUGCCCGUGAGGAGGAAAUUUUGUACCAGGUACUUGUACCCCUGACUCCUCCCCUAGGCCACAUCUUCCACCUGGAGCGUGACACUGACCAGCAGAAGCCUGGCAGGAACUUCCGUGUCCGUGUGGAGCUGGAGUGCAGGUGCCCGAGGGAGUACCAGGGUAUGAACAUGCUGUGCUUCCAGCACCACCCUGAUGUGAUUAGGAGGAGGACUGGGCAGCCCAUCCUCCUAGACACACUGUGCACCGGCUCCUACCUCGACGUGAAGAAAACUGUCCACUGGUUCUGCGCACUGGUGGGAGCAACCUGGCGGCGCUUGCCCCAGUCACGCAGUUGGCAUUUAGUGCUGCUGCCCUCCAAACGCUCCUGCAACCUCAGGCUGACCAAUGGCCAAGAAAGUUUCCAGGUUAAGGUGCUGUUCGGAGUGCAACGAUACAUCUCAGACAUCUAUAUCAGCAGCCGGCAUCGAGGGGCCCAGACCCCAAACACAAUGUGGCCUGAGACCUACGCCGUGGCAGAGACAAUGUUCUUCAGGCACAUGGCCAGGCAGACCCCGCAGGACAGCUCGCACCUUAAAUGCCUGCAGCUUCUUGCCUGUGUUCUUUCACGCAAGGACUUUACCAUCCAUACCAUCAAGACCAUCAUCAUGCACCUGCUGCACACAGUACCAGUGUCACGGUGGCACAGGAGACACUUCCUGCUUCAGCUGUCGGAUGCUCUGGAGCAGCUGCGCUUAUCUUUGGAAGAGAAACACCUGAAGCAUUUUAUUGUGGGCAACCAGAGGCUUCCAGAGGAGAUCAGGCUGCCCCCAGAUGUACAAAGGGCUAAGCCACUCAACCUCUUCCACAGCCUGGCGCAGGAUCCAGCUGCCCACUCCCAGGCGAUGCAAGCCUACUUUGAUCUGCGCCAUCGCCUGGCAAGAGUGCUGGCCUAUGGCCACUGUUAGCGGGGCCCAUAGAAUCACAGAAUCCAAGAAUCACAGAAUCACUAGGUUUGAAGAGACAUUUAAGAUCAUCGAGUCCAAACCAUGCCCUCACACUACCUCAGCUAUACCAUGACACUGAGUGCCAUAUUCAAUCUUUUUUUAAACACAUCCAGGGAUGGUGACUCCACCACCUCCCCUGGGCAGAUGAUUCCAGUACUUUAUCACACUUUCAGUAAAAAACUUUUUCCUUGCAACCUAAAUUUCCCUUGGCAUAGCUUAAGACUGUAUCCUCUCAUUCUGUCAGUUGCUGCCUGGAGAGAGAGACCAACUUCCACCUGACUACAACAACCUUUCAGGAAGUUGUAGAGUGAUAAGGUUGUCUCUGAGUCUCCAUUUCUCCAGGCUAAACAACUCCAGCUCCAUUUGUCAUAGGGCUUGUGUUCUCAGCCCUUCACCAGCCUUGUUGCUCUCCUUUGAAUGCAUGUGGGGCUUGCAGCUGGUGGCAGAGAACCAGCUUUUAGUGCCAUGACAAAGACAGGAAUGAAUGGAAUACACAGAGAGAUAGAUAUAUGUAUAUAUAACUACAGUGUGUAUAUAUAACUACCAAUAUUUUUAUUAACAGCUGUGUUUUAAUAGAUAUAUAUUAUAGUGAUAGUUUAUAAAUUAUCAUAUUAUUUUAUUAAAAUAAAUAGCACAUAUAUAAUGUCACUACCUGUGAUAUGUAUUAAUACUCUGUAGUUACUGCAUUUAUAAGAGGCAAGAUUUUUAUUACACAGAUAUAUUUAUAAAAUAUAUAUUAUACAUAUAUGGUAUUUAAUACAAAACAAUAUUUUAAUACAUAAAAAGGAAAUGAAAUAACAAUUAUAUCUAAUUCCUAUAUAAUUACACAGAAUAAAUUAUAUUUAUAAUUAAAUAUGUAAAGUGUUAUAUAAUUAAAAUAAUCACAAUAUAAAUAUGACAAUAGAACAAUAUAAAUUUAAUAUGUAUAUCAUGUUAGUAUGUAUAUCUGUUUGGACACAUAUUAAUGCUCCACAGUUAGUGUAUGUAUGACUGGCAAACAAGAAAUUGCUGUGCUGUUCUUUCAAUAAAAUGCAGUCUUGCAGAA